AGUCCUCUUUGCUCUUACCCUCUUCACUGGAUCCAUAGUGUUGUUAUUUCUUUUGGCUCUACCUUGGGUUUUUACUUAGUUGAGGGGGAAAAAUCAAGCUCAAGCAGAAAACCUUCUCAGAGAAAGCUACCCACUUCUGGCUCUGAGAAAGCUACAGUUUAAAAGAUCAACAUUAAAGAGAGCUGUAACACCAACCUUAACUGGACUUAUUCUAACAUAAAAAAAAAAAAAAAAAAAGAGACAAACAGAAAUGGAACUUCAGAAACUAUCAAAUGGACACCAUCAGGACUUUCAGCCUCUGGAAGAUGGAUUGUCACCAGAACAAGAGGAAUUUUUACCCCAUAAAAAUGGAAAUGGGAAGAAAACAUCUCAGUUUACAGAUUUUGAAGGGAAGACCUCGUUUGGCAUGUCUGUGUUUAAUCUCAGCAAUGCCAUCAUGGGCAGUGGAAUUUUAGGACUGUCAUAUGCCAUGUCCAACACGGGGAUCGUACUUUUCCUGACCUUGUUGAUAUUCAUUGCUAUUCUUUCAUCUUACUCCAUCCAUCUUCUCCUGAAAUCUGCUGGUGUUGUGGGUAUUCGUGCUUAUGAACAACUUGGCAAGAGAGCGUUUGGUCACCCAGGAAAAAUUCUGGCUGCUGUUGUCAUAACAAUGCACAACAUCGGAGCAAUGUCUAGCUACCUCUUCAUUGUGAAAUAUGAGCUACCGUUGGUCAUUCAAACCUUUUUGGGCCUUCAUCAUGGCAGUGGACAGUGGUACUUCAAUGGCAACUAUCUGAUCAUCAUUGUGUCCAUCUUUAUUAUUCUCCCUCUGGCCCUGAUGAGACAACUCGGGUACUUGGGUUACACCAGUGGCUUCUCUUUGACAUGUAUGGUUUUCUUCCUUAUCUCGGUCAUUUAUAAGAAGUUUAACAUCCCCUGUCCUCUGGAGGAUUUCAACAAUCACACCACAGUCAAUGCUUCAAUAGAAGGACAAUGUGAGGCCAAAUACUUCACUAUCAACCAGCAGACGGCAUAUACAGUUCCCAUUUUGGCUUUUGCGUUUGUGUGCCACCCAGAGGUGCUGCCGAUAUACACAGAGCUCCACAAUGCCACUAAGCGACGCAUGCAGGCCAUCGCCAAUGUUUCAAUCCUGGGCAUGUUUGUGAUGUACCUCCUGACUGCAAUCUUUGGAUACCUCACUUUUUAUGCGAAUACAGAGUCAGAGCUGCUGCACACCUACAGCAAAGUGGACCCAAUGGACAUCCUGAUCCUGUGUGUACGACUGGCCGUGCUGGUGGCUGUGACACUGACUGUCCCUGUUGUGCUCUUUCCGAUUCGUCGAGCUCUGCUACAGCUGCUGUUUCCUGAGAAGCCUUUCCACUGGGCUCGUCACAUAUCUAUCGCCGUCUGCCUCCUGUUUGCUGUCAAUCUGCUUGUCAUCUUUGUUCCCAACAUUCGAGACAUCUUUGGCAUCAUCGGGGCAACCUCUGCUCCAAGCUUGAUCUUCAUCCUUCCGGGUCUCUUCUAUAUCCGCAUUGUUCCAAAUGAGCAAGAGCCACUUAACUCGAGAACAAAAAUCCAGGCGAUCUGCUUCACAGCUGUGGGUUUCAUCUUCAUGACCAUGAGCUUAACAUUUAUAGCACUGGACUGGAUCACCGGAGAGAAUCACGGUGGAGGGGGACACUAAAUCCCAGCCAUGAAAUCCAAGGGGUUCAAUAUGCCUGCUCAGCAGAACACAACAGAGCUGUCUUCUCCUGUCUAACAUGGUUUGGAAUCUGAGAGAACAGCAAAAAAUAAAAAAUUAAAAUCA